AGCAAAGCUCAGAGCUGAACUAGUAUUUCAGCAAGUGUUCUCACCAGAGCCAGGUUGACCACCAUCAGAGACAGUUUGUAAAGACUUCACUAGCACCGAGGGCUGAUAUAUCAACACAAUGACACACCUACUUGGCAAACCUUUCUUCACACACCCGGACAGUCUUCACAACACAAAAAAGUUGUUUUAUUUCUACCUCUAUUUCGUCUCAUCUGUUUUUGCUUCUGAGAAUGUGGCGCUGAGAAAGCCGGCUCGUCAAAUCUCGACUAGACACCCAAACGCAACGGCGGACAAGGCGGUAAAUGGCAACACCGAUGGUGACUAUUUUCACGGCUCCUGUACCCACACAAAUGACACCUACAACACCUGGUGGAAGGUGGACCUGAUGGGCUUCUACAACAUCACCAGCGUGCAGCUCUUCACGAGGACGGAUUGUUGCUCAACAAGAUUACAAAACUUCGAAGUGCGUGUAUCUGACCUUGACCCGACGACCUUUCCGUCCGUUGAAGGACAGCGGUGCAUCUUCUUCAGUCAACAAGUGGCUAUAACCGGAAGUUUGCUCACGUGCUCUCGUCCAAUCACAGGCCGCUACGUCAGUCUGUACAAGGCUGCCGACGAGGUUCUCACCAUCUGCGAGAUGUUUGUCUUUGGGACGAAGCACGACUUUUCUGGUACGUACGAGCUACUGCAGGACAACUCCCGCCUCAAUUCUUCCGCUGUGACGUCACUAACUGCGCCCUCGCGCAUUGGUUGCGCUUUGAAGUGUACCAGUGACGUCACGUGCCUCGCUUUCAACGUCAUGGCGUCAGGAACAAGUUCACGCGGUGUUGCCUGCGAACUUCUGGGACUUGCAGAGUUUAGCCUGACACUUCAAGCCCACACCGGAUGGAGAGCUUACAGGCGCGUGGUGAAGUGAUGAAGGGAAGUAAUGGACAAACACAAUCGUUAGGAUAUGGACCCUGACACAAACUUCAGUAGU